CAGCUUUGUAAAAACGUGCCUGAUACGGUCAUGCGCAAAUAUACUCUCCCUAGGGGGACACUAUAAAGUGCACAAAAACAUAAUCAAAGUUGUGAGUGUGGGUCGAAAGUUUACAGUCGAAUGCUUUCUCGCACAGGUAUCCGGGAGGCGAACAGCGUCGAGAGCUAAUCUGUGGAAUUUAAUGAUACCUAGAAGAAUGCGUAUUUAUUAAAAGUGGUAAAGGGUUGCUCGCAUUUCUCAAUCACGUCAAGUUCCAAGCAGACCCGUGUCAGGACUUUGUGCUUGUGUUUGCCUGACGCAGCUGUUCAGUGACAAUUUUUCUCUACCUUGAAGCUAAGAUUCCAUCUUCAGUGUGCUGGUGAAGUGAUAAGCCUAUUUUUUGUACGCACUAUCAUUGUAGACGAGGGCCUUGCGCUACAACGAAACAACCUAGAAAGCGUCCACGAUGUCUGCAGACAAAGCAAAAGGGACGUCAGUAGAGGAAAUGGCGACUCACGUUGAAGACGGUAGCCCACACGAGGAUGAUGUGGACACCCGUUGUGGCGUAGGAAGCUUCAAGCCAAGCUUUUUGCAAGUCUUUGCCACCAUUCAAGGGUUCGUCGCGUUCAACGCCUUGUCGAACCUGUUCACAUAUGGCAUACGAAUCUUCCUGGUGUCCCAGUUGACCACCAUCGAGAAGCGAUUUGGCUUCAGCAGCUCCCAGAGCGGUUUCAUCCUCAGUUCGUCGCAGAUCUCAUUUGUCGUCUGCAUUCUUCUGUUCUCCUACUACAGCCGCUAUUCUCAUAUCCCUCGCAUUCUGUCCGUGACAAACAUGAUUGCCGGAGCCACGGGAAUUGUUUUCUUUACCGCUCAUUUCCUUCCAUUCCAAGACGACUCGACCGGGGCUUCCGGCUCAUUGCUUGUUGGCAACCGUUCUGCAAACGCUUCUGCAGGAGGGAUUUGCCAGAUUACCGAUGGACCAGGAGUAAUGGCGGAACCCAUCUGUAACAAACGUAAUUCAAUCAUCAGUGAAAACAACUUAGCCCUGGGUAUUUUUCUGGCCUGCAUGUUGAUUCAAGGAGCAGUUACGUCCCCUCGCACGCCGCUAGGUGGCACCUUCGUGGACGACAACAACCCAGUGCCGACGAACACCGGAAAGUAUAUCGGUAUAAUGAUGGGAAUUUUAACACUGGCACCGGCGUUAGCGUUUGCAUUUGGAGCAAUGAGCAGCCGCAUAUUCCACACACUUGAAGCCACCGACCUGACCUCGCGGGACCCGACCUGGAUAGGAGCCUGGUGGAUUGGUUUUGUUAUCCUCGGAUGUCUCAGUAUGUUUUUCUCUUCUUUCCUCUUUUGCUUCCCUAAACGCCUGAGAAUGGCGCCAGUGCACAGUGCUAAGACAGGUGAAAAAGAAACGAAGAAAGAAGAAAGCAAGAUGCCAGAAAGGAAGAGCUGCGUGGGUCGAUUCAAACGUCUGGUCAUAGUUCCCCUCCGAUCUGUGUUCCGAGUACUCAGGCUUCCGGUAUUCACGCUGCUCGCCUUGUCCUCCACUAUGCACACGUUCGCUCUCCUCGGUAUGGCAUCGUUCUUUCCCAAAUACCUGGAGACACAGUUCUACAUUCCGACUUACAAAACGAGUCUGAUGUUAGGCGUCAUUUCUCUGUUCGGGAGCACGAUUGGUCCAGUGGUAGGAGGGUUUGUGACGUCACACUUUAAACUGACCACUCGCGGAAACCUGCGCCUUAUUCUGGGAGUCUGUAUUUUGCUGACCAUUGGGUGUCCCAUAGGGAUGUUCCUGGCUGGUCAACCCACGGACCUGGUCCAGUCCAAGUUCGGAGGACAACUUAAGCCGGGGGCGUUGAUGGGCAACGACAGCUGCGUCGCUGGCUGUCUGUGUAGCGGUGACGUCAUCCAGCCGGUAUGUGGUUCUGACGGUGUGACGUAUAUGUCCCCGUGUCACGCAGGAUGCUACAGAAGGGAAAACUCCAUCUACCUCAACUGUACCUGUUCCGGAGGUACAGCUAAGCCCGGUUCCUGUGCCCCCGAGGAUGUGAAGGUAUACCCCUUGCUCGUUUACAGCACCUUGACCUCCUUCACCGUGACCUUUGCAAUCAGUCCCAACUUCAUGGUUAUUGUUAGAACGGUGACAAAGAAUGACAAGUCGUUAGCGCUGGGUUUAUCUUCCUUCAUAUCCACAUUGAUAGGUCACUUCCCUGCACCGGUUGUUUACGGGGCGAUCGUCGACUCAGUCUGUUCAAUAUGGCAUGAAACCUGUGCUGGUACGGGCGCAUGCGCACACUAUGACCUGAGUGCCUUCCGCUUCAAAAUCUUCGGCACCAACAUGGGAUUAUUCUUCCUGUCGGCCGUUCUCAUCUUUUUUGCCUUGCUAGCCCACAAUCCUCAGGAUGAAGAAAGUGAUUCUAUGUCUAAAAGCAUAGCCACCUCUGUAACAACUGUGUCAGCGAACGGAGAACCCGAGCUAUUGAACGUCAAGCCGACUGGGAAGGAAACGAAGUAUUGAAAGAAAAGUAUUAGCCAAAAAAAAAAACACAUAUACAUAAAUAUAUUCACCUGAAAGAUCUGAUUUUGCUCUUUUUAUUAUUUUUUUUAUUAUCAUUAUAGUGUUUAAAGCUGUUUAAACACUUAAAUGGUGAUAAAUAUUAACGACGACUGUGAUUGGAGGCAUGAUAAAUUUGGAGUCUGAUCAGUUUGAUCAUGGCUCUAUGUUUAAAAGGAUUUAUCUACAUUGGUUGGACAGUGCAGUUCCGUUGAAGCAAUGCAUGCAGCAUACGGGCCAACUGACGUCAGCAGAAGUGGAUUUCAUUGGCUACUUCCACAUAAGGUCAGACGGUUUUCUCAUACGGAUAUAAAUUUCCUAUUAAAUCCUAAAAUAUUUCCAAGAAAUAUUUUAUGUUAAUAGCUGUGAAAAAAAAAUAUUGUAUGUGAUUUCAUAUUUGAAAAGAGCAGUGUCAGAUACAUCCGCUGAUGUAUAAUGUGUAUUAUGAUAGAUUUUGCUAAAAACAUUACUUUCGCCUUCGUGUCUAUGCACGGCUGAUUUUAGGAAGUGUCAAUGAUGGGGGAGCCUAUCCCCCAUCUACCACCUAGAUGAGAAAUCCAUGCAUGGCGAAAUCAUGCGCUGGAGCGAGUUUCGCAUGUUAUGAGAUAUAGGCUCGUUUUCACGAGUUAAUCUUAACAUUUUGACUAGGGGCUCGCUUCCAGAAAAUCUCUUGACAAAUUCUCUGUGCUGUCAUGGCAUAGCAUGUCAGGUAUGCAAUGUAACUACAUUGAAGUGCAGUUUAUCGAUCUCUGUAUAUCGAACUUAUUUAGAUCAUCAUCAUGCAAAACCGUAGGAGGAGAAAACUGAGAAUUGGUGAUAAAUAACAUACUAAUGACUGCAUUGUGCAUUUAAAAAUUCUUUCGGAACAAAAUGUUUACAUUUAACGCUUUUGUGCGCCUUUUGGUGCAUAAAGAGUUCACCCAUAACAACGUUCAACCAAGACAUGUUAGCCAUGGAAAGUAGGGCCUAUACUCCAAACAGCAACUUUACAUCAUCUUAUUUAGCCAUAGACGGUGUACCCAAAACAACAACGUUACCCCAGCUUAGUUUAGCUAUAGACAGUGUGCCCAAAAGAACAACGUUACCCCAGCUUAUUUUAGCUAUAGACAGUGCACCCAAAACGACGUUACAUCAGCUUAGUUUAGCCAUAGGCAGUGUACCCAAAACAACAACGUUACACCAGGUUAGUUUAGACAUAGACAGUGUACUUGAAAUAACAGUUUACCCAAUACAAACAACGAAUUUACACCAGGCUCUUUCUGGACACAGACAUUGUAUCCGAAACAAUGACGUCAAACUGACUGACUUUGGCCAUACAGAUGUACCCAAAGACACUUUACACUGGCCUAACGUUUGCAACAACGUUACUUUGUGCAUACCAUUAUUUAUCCGGAAGGCCAUAGAAGAAAUCUAAUUCUGUGAAAAUCACCCAGUUAAUUUGACAUCUGAAUUUAGUCCCUCUUCAAAGUCGUGCCGUCGACUUUAAUAUCAACAGGCUUGGUACUGUACAUUACAGGCAUUGUGAUAAACAUUAUCGGUUAUGGAAUGUGCACUAAUGAGAACCCUGAUGUGAAGUUUGAGAACGGCUUUGUACAGGGAGAUAUAAUAAAGAUAUGGUAAGAUCAAAUCUAUAUUCCUUUCUAGAAAAAAUAUGUAAAGACAAACUAUUUUCGUGUUUAAUUUCCUUAUCCCUAACUCUUGGAAGCAGUUAUUAUAGCGAUCAAGCUCCGUACAUGUUUCAUACUUGUCCACGGAUGAUAGUAAAACUUGAAAACUUGUACAUGUAUAGUUUAAAAAAUUAAAAACGUCAAUUAUAAAGGAAAGAAAUAAGUGCAAUAAUGUUGAAAACGAUUUCAAAUCAAAACGCAAGCAUUUAAUUUUAGCUCAACAAACUAAGAGGGCAAUGCCAAGACAUCAUCACAUGUAACUUCAAGUGGUUGGUAUUUUACGGGCAGCUUUAUUUCUGAAAUAAGACAAGGUAUAUAAGGGAAGGGUAAGUUAAUAAAAUUUGAAAAUUAACAUUUUUUGAAUUUUUUGAUUUUUUGAACCGCCUGGAACCAGCCUAAUAAGCCAAUUAGCCAAAUGAAUGGCACACAUUUUGUCCUAAGUAUCAAGAUAAGCAUAUCACCAUCUGGCAUUCUAAGCUACUUCCUCCGUUGAGAUUACGUCUGUAAUACACUUGGGCGUCAUACUUUUUACAACAGCGAUGUCGAAAGCGAGGCUCAUGCAUUACGUCACCUGAUAUGAGAUGAUCAGAUCCGCACGAAGAGCGCUGACCUGUUUUGCUUUAACUCUACAGAAACGCCAUCGCUCUCCUUGGCAUAUGCCUGCAGUAGCGUUCGCUUUUAACGUGCUUCUUCGAGUUUUCCAUGACUUCGAUAUUGAGUGUUUGUCAUUAUAGACAUUGAAUUAAUAUAUCAUAAUAUAUUAGCCGAAACCAAAAUGUUUUGAAUCGCAUAUUAUUAUUCCCAAAGCCCGCUUCGAUUUCAACUGCCUCGGAUGUUUACACGUAACAGAAGGUGAACCUACUUUGUGAAACGCUCAAAGAAAUAUUGGAAUUAUUUUACGAUAUGAUGUAUACUCAGAAUUAAAUACAAUUACACUAAAAGUAGAUUGUGUCAUCCGCAAAAAUCUCAUUAACAUAAUUGUGUUGUAUUCAUGUUAUAUUCAAAUAAAGAUUGUACACUAUUAGCUUA